AUGUCCAAGACUGCAGCCAAGGGCCAGGGCCGUCGCCCCAAGCAGCCCAUGGAGCCGCCACCGGACGAAUUGCGAUGGCAGGGACCCAAGCAGCCCGUGGAGCCAACCUAUGCACCACCGGACCACUUGCGAUGGCAGGGACCAUCCUCCAGCUUGGACCCAUCCUCCACUGCGGGCGCCCCUCCAGCAGCCACCCCAGCUUGUUCUUCCCGCCCCGUCAAAACCAAAGAGACGGGGUGGAAGAACAAGCUGGGGUGGCUGCUGGCUUUCCACAAGGCCCAAAAAUGGGACCAACUGGACCAAUUGGUCCAGCAGUUCUGGGCAGACCACAAAGCCCAGCUCGAGUACCUGGGCGAGCCCACCAUGGCCCAAUGGGUGGACCACCAAACCGAUCUCAUCCAGCAGGGCAAUCCACCAAC